AUGGCAAAAAAUAUUAUAAUUAUUGGAGCAGGUGCUGCAGGAAUAGCGGCUGCUGUUAAAUUAAUAAAAAAUGGUUUAAAAAAUGUAGUUAUUUUAGAAGCCAGUGACAGAAUUGGUGGUAGAAUUUAUACCACUAAUUUCAACAACAACACAGUAGAUUUGGGAGCGCAAUGGUGUCAUGGAGAAGAAGGAAAUAUUGUAUAUGAUCUUGUAAAAGAUCUGAAUCUAUUGAGCGGUUCAGAAAUGUAUUGGAAUAAUGAGAUUUUAAUAUCAGAUGGAACAAUUGUCCCUAAGAACUGUUCUAAGAAACUAGAAGAAAUUUAUUAUGAAAUUGGUAUAAAUGAUGAUGAUAUAUUCAAUUCAGAUACUUCUGUUGGACAAUUCAAAAUUAAAAACAACAUGGACAGCGACUUUUUCUGUACCGAGUGUCAGAUUCCAUUCACAGCUCGUAGCUCCUUGUAUCGCCACAUAAGACAAAAACAUGACAAAGAGCCAAGAGCUGUUUAUCCCAAUGCGUGUGCUUUCUGCCUUAAAACUUUUAAAUUUAAAUAUUUAUUAACUCGUCAUGUGAGCCAAGUUCAUAAUAAUAUCCCUAACCCUUCACCUGCCCAAUCUUCUUCGGUAUCUUUUGAAGACAUUACACACCUUUCCUCCUCCACUAAAACAAAUAUAAAGCAUCCUUCUUUACCCACCUCAUAUACUACUACAUGCUUGACAUCACCUUACAAUUUACUAUCACCCACAUCAGAUCCUCUUCACAAACAUCCCCACGUAAGUUUAUUGCCGCAUCCUUGCACUUCCUCUAUUAAAGUUCAAAUUCACACGCCUCCCAUUCCCUGUUCCCCAAUCAGUACUAAGGAAAAUUUUACAGGUACACCAUCAAGGAAAUCCAGAAUAAGAUGUCCACUCCCUCCCUGCUCCUCUGUUUUUUCUAGGUACACAGGUUUAUACGAUCAUAUUGAGUUUUAUCACAAAACUACAAUUGAUUAUGAACAAUAUAACAAUCUCUUGAAACAACAUGAGUAUCAAGAUAUCAAUGGUGAUCUUGCCGAGCAAUACUUAGAUUGGUGUCACAAGUUUAAUAAUAGUAUUGAUGCAUCAGACAAUUGGUUUGAAAGUUCUGCUAAAGGAUCGUUGGAAUAUCAUGAAUGUCCUGGUCAUCCAAUAUUGAAUUGGAAAGGAGCAGGAUAUAUAAGGUUUUUAGAUGUUUUGAUGAACAAGUACCCUGACCCAAAAAAGAUUUUAAAUUUGGAUAUACAAUUCAAAAAAGAAGUUAUUUCUAUAGAAUGGAAUCAGCCUUUAUCUAAAAAACCAGUCACUAUAAAAUGCAAAGAUAAUUCAUGCUAUGAAGCUGAUCAUGUUAUUGUUACUGUACCAUUGGGGGUUCUAAAAAAUAGCUCCAGUUUAUUCAAACCAGAUUUACCACAAUAUAAAAUAAAAUGCAUAGAAAAUCUAGGCUUUGGAAUUGUUGAUAAAAUAUUUCUUCGUUUUGAAUCAAAAUGGUGGCUUCCUGAUUGGAAUGGGAUCAGGUUAUUGUGGACUGUCGAGGAUAGAGAGAAAGAAAAGGAAAAAUGGCUCAUUGAUGUAUUUGGAUUUUAUACUGUUGAUCAAUGUCCUGAUGUACUUUGUGGAUGGGUGACAGGACCAUCAGCUAAAAUUAUGGAAUCUUUAAGUGAUGAACAAGUGUUGAAAUCAUGCUCUCGUUUAUUAAGAAAAUUUGUUGCAAGGCAUAGAUUGAGGAAUAAUAAAUCAUAUUAUAAUGAUCCAGUUGCAGUUCUAAGGUUAAAAAAAAUGUAUGUGCAAAAGCGACUCGAAGACGAUUUAGAUUUGUCUCCUGAAUAUAAGCAAAUGGGAACAAAUCCAUAUAGCCGAGGUUCUUAUUCGCUUCGACUACUAAAAACUGAAAAUUUUGGUGGCAGUUCUACAGAAUUAUCACAACCUGUCAUUGAUGCAUCAGGAAGGUCAGCUAUUUUAUUUGCUGGAGAAGCUACGAGUCAGAAUUAUUAUUCAACGGUCCACGGAGCUACCGAAAGCGGUUUUAGAGAAGCUAAUAGAAUAAUUAAUCUCAGCAAAGCACAAAGAAUGUUAGUUCAAAUGGCAAAAAAUAUUGUAAUUAUCGGAGCUGGAGCUGCAGGAAUAUCUGCUGCUGUUAAAUUGAAUAAAAAUGGUUUAAGAAAUGUGAUUAUUUUAGAAGCUAGUGAUAGAAUUGGUGGUAGGAUUCACACAACAUUAUUUGGAAACAACACAGUUGAUUUAGGAGCACAAUGGUGUCACGGAGAAGAAGGAAAUAUUGUACAUGAUAUAGUGAAGGAUAUGAAUCUAUUAAGUAGUUCAGAAAUGUUCCUCAAUAAUGAAAUUCUCAUAUCAGAUGGAACAACAGUUUCCAAAGACAUUUCUAAAAAACUUGAAGAAAUUUAUUUAAAGAUUGCUAUCAAUGAGGAUGAUAUAAUAGAUCCUGACCUGUCAGUUGGACAAUACGUGACAAAUAAAUAUUACAAUAUUUUAAAGGAAACUGAAUAUCAAUUAAUCGAUACAGUUCUCGCUGAACAAUACUUAGAGUGGUGCCAUAAAUGUGUUAAUAGUGUUGAUGCAUCCGACAAUUGGUUUGAAAGUUCUGCUAAAGGAUCAUUAGAAUAUUUUGAAUGCCCUGGACAUCCAUUAUUGAAUUGGAAAGGUGCUGGAUAUAUUAGAUUUCUAGAAGUCUUAAUGGAAAAAUACCCAGAUAAGGAAAAGGAUUUGAAUUUAGACAUACGAUUUCAAAAAGAAGUUACUUCUAUAGAAUGGGACCAGCCUACAACUAAGAAACCAGUGACUAUAAAAUGCAAGGAUAAUUCUUCUUACGAUGCUGAUCAUGUCAUAGUUACUGUACCUUUGGGAGUCCUCAAAAAUAACACAAGAUUAUUUCAACCAGCCUUGCCCGAAUAUAAACUUAAAUGCAUAGAUAAUCUAGGUUUUGGCGUCGUUGAUAAAAUAUAUCUUCGAUUUGAGUCAAAUUGGUGGCUUCCUGAUUGGAAUGGCAUCAGAUUAUUAUGGACUGCUGAUGAUAAGGAGAAUGAAGAACAUAAGUGGCUUAUUGAUGUAUUUGGCUUUUUUACUGUUGACCAAUGCCCAGAUGUACUUUGCGGAUGGGUAACUGGUCCUUCAGCAAAAAUUAUGGAAUCUUUGAGUGAUGAAGAAGUACUGAGAUUAUGCUCUGACCUAUUAAGAAGAUUUGUUGCAAAACACAGAAAGAAAAGCAAAAUACUUUAUAGUGAUCCUGUUGAAAUCCUUAGGAGUAAAUGGGGUGAAAAUCCAUACAGUAAAGGAUCAUAUUCAUUACGUUUACUGAAAACUGAAAAAUAUGGAGGAAGUUCUUUUGAGUUAUCUAAACCAGUUAUUGAUUCUUUGGGACGAUCAGCUAUUUUAUUUGGUGGAGAAGCAACCAGCAAAAACUAUUAUUCAACAGUUCAUGGUGCUGUGGAAAGUGGUUUCAGAGAAGCUACCAGAAUAAUUAGUUUGAAUCCAAACAGUUUGAGAUCUGAUUGUAUCACCUCAUCCAAAAACGUUUUAGUAAUUGGUGCUGGGAUAUCUGGUCUGGCUGCUGCUCAUACCUUACUUAAAACCAAUUUAUCUAAAUUAUUUAUUAAUUCUUCAAUUAAAUCUGAUGGAAUAUGCUCAGUUAAAAUACUAGAAGCUAAAUCUCGACCAGGUGGUAGAAUAAAUACUGUAAAUUUUGGAAAUGACUUUGUGGAAGCUGGUGCACAAUGGUUACAUGGUUCAAAAAAUGCUUUAUUUAAAGUAUCAGAUCAUUAUAAAUUAUUAUCAGACAAAACGUCUAUGGAGGGACAAGGACUUUAUAUAAACGAAUAUGGUGCAACAAUAAACGAUAGUGUUGUAAAUAAAAUUGAUUUCAUUGUGGGUCAAAUUUUGGAAAAUUUGGAAGCUUUUGCUGAAAAUGAAAGUUGUGAUUACCCAGACAGCGUGGAGAAUUAUUUAAAAGAAGAAUUUGAUAAGUAUUUAGCUACUUGUUCAAGUGACACUGCUGAGAUGAACCUAAUUAAAAAAUAUUUGUAUGAGUGGCAUGUUCGAUUUCAAAUAAUUGAUAAUUCAUGUCUUUCUUUGAAAGAUUUGUCAGCAAAAGCAUGGGGUAAAUAUUCCUUUGAAGGGGAGAAUUCUCAAGCUCAUAUAAAUUACCUUCACGGAUAUAGUACUGUUAUAGAAAAAUUAUGUAAUACUUUACCCAAAAAAACUUUAGAAUUUAAUAAAGAAGUAGUAUCUGUACAGUGGUCAGAAAAUGGUGUCAAGGUUUGCACAAUGGAUAAUAUUGAAUACAAUGCAGAUUAUGUGAUAGUUACUGUAUCUUUAGGAGUAUUAAAAAAGAAUUAUAAAAAUUGGUUUAAACCCAGCUUACCAAAAAAUGUUACACAAGCCAUUGAAGACAUGGGUUUUGCAACGAUCAAUAAAAUAUUUUUACAAUUUGAAGAAGCUUGGUGGAAUGAUAAUGAGGGAUUUCAAUUUGUAUGGUUUGAUGCAGAAUCAAAGUGUAAACCUGAUGAAGCUAGCUCUUGGGUUUACGACAUGUCUGGAUUUGAUGUUUUAUAUCCAGGGGCUACUAAUACUUUAGUUGGAUGGGUUGGAGCCAGGGGCGCAAUCCUAGUUGAAGAACGAUCAGCAGAUGAAAUAGCUAAAGAUUGUGUCACAUUACUUCGAAAAAUUCUGAAGAUUCCAGUACCAACACCAUGCCGAGUGUACAGGAGCAAGUGGCAUACCGAUCCUCACACUUUGGGAUCAUAUAGUCAUACUAGACCUAUCUGUGAUAAAAAUAAUACUGGGUGGAAGGAUUUAGCUUCACCAAUUUUAGACAAAAAUGGACAGCCCCGAAUUUUAUUUGCUGGUGAAGCGUGCAGUGAACAAUUCUUCUCUACAACACACGGUGCUAUGAAGACAGGUAUUGAACAAGCAGAAAUAAUACUUGAAUCGAUAAGAAAUAUUCAAUAUAAAAAUUGUGAUAGUAAUGUUUAUUAAACUAUAGUUAAAUAAUAAUACUUGAAACAUGUGCCAAUCUUUUUUAUCUAGGCUGAUGU